AUGGCAGACCCACUGAUCUAUAUACUUGUCACUUUUACUGCUAAAAGUGGAGAAUUGGGCAUUGGCACAUUGGAGGCCAUAGCAGUGCCGAAAGAUUUCCAUGACCAAAUUAUUGGAAUCAAUUGGCCUAAGUUUCCCAGCAAUCCUGGUUGGAACCUACCAGUUCAGUCGACUACCAAAUCUAGAUCCCAAGUUCAACAUGAAGUGAGAUCAUGUAAAGUUAUCUCGUUCUCAGAGGACAGAGAUGUGGUGGUGGCAGUACGUGAUGCCAUGGUGCCUCCUAUCAGUGUCAAAAAGGCAGUAGCCAAAAAAUCAACUCCGAAGUCAUCUGCAACUCAGAAACAUGGCACUGGCCAUAAAUCUACCUCUCCACCACGUAACUUGCCAGUUGAAAAGUCAGCAACAGUUAUUAGGAAGACCAUGGGCAUCUCAGAAGAAGACAUGGAAGGGUUAGAUUGCCAUUUGAUCACUGGGGAAAAUGAAGACAAGUCCGAUACAUCUGCUGACAGCAGCCUUGAUCAUGAUGAUAAUCAGCAACGAUUUUUUUCUUCAGAAUCAGAGGACGAAGAUUUGAUUCCUCCUACUCCACCUCCGCCUCCAAUGAAGAGAAAACGAGGCGAUCAGUCUUUCAAAUCAUCGAGCGACACCAAAUCUAAGAGAAAUUCAAGUCACAACAAGGAAAAUUCAUCUGUCACACCAAGAAGAAACGAAAAGUCAUCAGCAAAGAAUUCUGAUCCUCAGAUUCUUACUUCUUUGGACGUCAACAUAGUUGACACCCCCCAAGUUCCACAACAAAAGAAAACCCGAAGCGUGUGCAGGACGAACAAUGGACGGAGCUAGUUGAUGCUGAGUUUCAUGGCCGUAAUGAAUACAUGGAUCAAAUUGAUGAGCUGAAAA